AUCUGGUCCAGACAAAUUUCACCGACCCUCUUUCACAUAUGUAGACCAUCCCUUUCUCUCACUAUUCAGUAGGGUUUUGUGUUCUCUUGUCGUCUUCUUGUUUUUGUCCCUAACAUUAAUCAAAUUCAGCAUUUUCAAACACUCUCAGUGACAAACCACUUCAUCACUUACAUUUUCUGUCGAGACUCUUGUCUUUGUCUCUCUCUAUAAACCAAAAAUAAAAUCCAAAAAAACCCAAGCAGCAGUUUCUUGUUUUUGUUAUCGAUGUCUGGUUAUAUGCACCCUCUACUAGGGCAAGAACUGCAUCUACAGAGACCUGAAGAUUCCAGAACCCCACCUGACCAUAAUAACAUGGAACUCAACAGAUCUGAUCAAGCAGAUGAAGCAAAGGGAGAAACCACUCCCACCGGUGGAGCAACCAGCUCAGCAACCGCCUCUGGCUCUUCCUCUGGACGCCGUCCACGUGGCCGUCCUGCUGGUUCCAAAAACAAACCCAAACCUCCAACGAUUAUCACCAGAGAUAGUCCUAACGUCCUUAGAUCCCACGUUCUUGAAGUCACCUCCGGCUCGGACAUAUCCGAAGCUGUUUCCACCUACGCCACUCGUCGUGGCUGCGGAGUUUGCGUUUUAAGCGGUACCGGUGCGGUCACAAACGUCACCAUACGGCAACCGGCGGCUCCUACGGGUGGCGGUGUGAUUACGCUGCAUGGACGGUUUGAGAUUUUGUCUUUGACAGGGACUGCGCUUCCACCGCCUGCGCCGCCGGGGGCGGGAGGUCUGACAGUGUAUCUAGCCGGAGGUCAAGGACAGGUUGUAGGAGGGAAUGUGGCUGGUUCGUUGAUUGCUUCGGGUCCUGUAGUUUUGAUGGCUGCGUCUUUUGCAAACGCAGUUUAUGAUAGGUUACCGAUGGAAGAGGAAGAAACUCCACCGGCGAGAACUACUGGAGUACAGCCGGCGGCGUCUCAGUCGUCGGAGGUUACGAGGAGCGAGGCUCAGAUGUGUGAGUCGAACAUGGGAGGUAGAAACGGAGGAGUUGCGUUCUAUAAUCUUGGAAUGAAUAUGAACAAUUUUCAGUUCUCCGGCGGAGAUAUUUUUGGUCUAAACGGCGGUGGUGGUGGAGGAGGAGAUGGUGGAGGUGGAGGUGUUACUAGACCUGCGUUUUAGCGUUUUGGUGACACUUUCUGUUGCGUUUGAGUUUGAUCUUAGCGGUUGCGAAAUGCGAAUACUAGCUAGGGUUUGUUUGUUUUUUUUUCCUUCAAAAUCAGGUGUGUGAAAUGAUAACAAAGCUUAAAUUUCUUUUCCUUUGCUGUUUAUUUUGAAUAUAAUGUCUAAUCGUUUUUAAAAAGAAGAUAGUAUUAUUUGGUGACAUAUGUUGGACUGAUUAAUUGCUAUAAAUAUAACAUGUUCUGAUAGUUAAAACUUCAUUAGGCG